CCCCCACAACAGCCACCCACCACCGCAGCCACUGCUUUGCCUACCGGUAGUCUCGCCCCCCUCGCUCCUUAACGUAUCUAUUUAGUAUUUCUUUUUCCAUACAUGUGAGCGUCUUUUGCCGCACCACAGGACCACGACACAAAGGUCGUACCGGUAGUAUGCAGCAAACCCCCAACGCACCCACAAUAUACCGGCGUUAGCCCCAGUUCUUUCCAUCAACAUGGCAAUAAUGUCCACUCUGUUCUCCUGGAUUGCUAAAAAGCUAUCCGUCGUUUCGUCCAACCAGACCAGCGAGAAUGGCCAGCCGGAGGGAGAUGUUCCUUUGAUGGAUACGACGGAGAUUUGGGUGGACCAUAUUUUCGCCUUUGUGGGCAUGGGGCACUACGCUUUGGUGGCCCCUGUGAACAAGAAGAUGAAAGAGUUGUACAAGAGGUAUUGUGAUUCCGUCGAGAGCCCACCGAUUGUGGUGACCUGGGAGCCUUUUACAAAUCGACAGGCAGGCUACACGGACACGUUUUACAGCAAUGCUUUAUGUGAUGUGAGAUGUGCGGAACACGUGCAAAUCCACUAUAAUGCUACUCCCACCAGUACAACGUUCAAUGAGGCCCAUGCGUGCAAGGCACUUGCCAAGGUGGGAAAUCUGAUCGUUCUUUGGUGGGCUCAUGAUGAGAAAUCGUUUCAAUGGGAUACAGCCACUUGCUCGGCUGCUGCAAGAGGUGGCCAUUUAAAAGUUCUCAAGUGGGCACGCAGCAAGGGUUGUCCUUGGAAUGAAUGGACUUGUGCUUUUGCUGCAGAAGGUGGUCAUUUGGAAAUUCUGGAAUGGGCAAUUGAGAAGGGAUGCCGCCGUCAUUCUCUGACUUUUUGUGAAUUGGCUGCUAGAAAUGGUCACAAGAAUAUUCUUCGUUGGGCUCUCAACAAUCGCUUUCGUUCUAGUGCAUUGAAAAGCGAAGCUUUUGUGGCUGAAGGCGGGCAUCUAGACCUGCUGAUUUGGCUCCUUGCAACGGGACGAAUCCCAAUGCAUCCGGGAAUCUGUUGGAGGGCUGCCCGAGGUGGGCAUUUGGAAGUUCUCCAAUGGGCUCGAGCAAAUCGAUGCCCAUGGGAUGCAAGAACAUGUCAUGAAGCCGAGAGAAAGGGUCAUGUGGAAAUUUUGGAAUGGGCACGUGCGAAUGGAUGCCCGGAAUAGAUAAAGAUAAAUCCAUCAAUAACAAUAGGAGAGUGGGCCAGUUGCCGCGUUACUGAGCAAACCGGAAAGGCUUGCCGCCUCGAUCUAAGCUAC